AUGAAACUGAUCAAAACAGCACAAAAGAAAUGGGAGAACCGGCACGAAGUUUUUACUGAACAGAUAAAGGAUUUGUACAUUGGUGGCAAUGAACCCGACCUGGGUGCACUUGAAAGCUACAAUGAUACUACCAAAGCACUGCAGCAAUUAAUAGCGGAUGCCAUUACCAGCAAUACACCCUUUCGAUCGCUGGGCGCCGGCUGGAGCUGGAGCAAGAUUGCCACUGCAAAGGAUGGUAUCAUGCUGGACACCAAAUCGCUUAACCUCACCAUGAACGUGUCUGCUUCCAGCGUGGUGCCCGCUUAUACAGGCGACGUUAAUAAGCUGGUGUUUGCACAAUGCGGCAACGGUGUAUGGGAAAUCAGCCGCGAGCUGCGCGCCAAAAAACUUUCACUAAAAACCACCGGCGCCAGUAAUGGCCAAACCAUUGUAGGCGCUAUGUCAACCGGCGCACACGGCUCGUCCUUUGAUGUGGGCGCGGUGCAGGAUUAUGUAGUGGGUAUGCACCUGAUUGUGGGGCCCAACCGGCACAUCUGGCUCGAAAGAAAAUCGGUUCCUGUAGUGGCGGCUUCUUUCAUCGAAAAACUGGAAACUGAGCUGGUACAAGACGACGAUCUUUUCAAUGCUGCCCUGGUAAGUUUUGGCAAUUUUGGUAUCAUACACGCCGUGCUGGUAGAAACAGAGGAUAUUUUUUUGCUGGAAACCUAUAUGCAGCGAAUGCCUUAUGAUGCCACGCUGAAAAAUUUGAUGGAGACGCUUGAUUUCAGCAACGCCCGGCUACCCUGCGGCAAUGAAAGGCCUUUUCAUUUUGAAGUGCGGCUAAACCCAUACGAUAUGGACAAGGGUGCUUAUGUAUCUACGUUCUACAAAAGACCCUACCGCAAUCAAUACCCAAAGCCGGUUGCCAAUGGAGAAGGGCUGGGCCCCGGCGAUGAUGCCCCCUGUUUUAUCGGCAAGAUUACUGACGCUAUUCCUGCACUGGUACCCCUGCUGGUAAACAAAUUACUGGCCGGUGCAUUCACCCUUUUCAGCAAACAGUUUGGCACACUCGGAGAAAUUUUCAACAACACUACACUGCACGGCAAAUUAUUCAGUUCUGCCAUUGGUAUACCGCUUAACCAGGUACAACGCGUAACCGAUAUCAUUUUUGAACUGAACAAAACAGCCGGCCCUUUUCCAGGCCUGUUUUCUUACCGUUUUAUUAAGAAGUCGCAGGCCACCCUUGCCUUUACCCGUUUCGAUUUUACCUGCAUUCUUGAACUGGAUGGAUCUUUUUCAGAUACCACCAUGAAUUUCUACAGGGCGGUGUGGAAGAAACUGGACGAAGAGCAGAUUCCUUAUACGGUGCACUGGGGUAAAAUGAAUGAGCUGAAUUUUCAGCGCAUCAGCAAUAUGUAUGGAAGCGAUGCAGACAAAUGGAUAGCCGCCAGGAAUACUUUACUGGAUGCGGACAGCAGGAAGGUUUUUUGUAACCCGCUGCUGCAGGAAUGGGGUUUAGACAAAUCUUUAUAA